AUGAGACGAUUGAUUCAAUCGGUGACUCUGUGUUCUGCAUUUCCCAGAGAGAGUGUUUGCCCUCGAUAGCUCGACGAUCUGUGGCUGUCCUGUGUUCACAAUGAAUGGCUGUUUCUAGCGAGACAGGGAGCGAGAGAGGGAGCGCGCCCGACUUCUCCAUUGAAACGUUUUGAAACAGCUACCAGCAAGGGGGUGAGUCGGUUUCAAGGCCAGACAGACGGGGUCGUUCAAGGCUGCGGGGAUUUCAGAUUUCUGUAGUGGUGCUGGCCAUACCGUCAUGGCUCAGACCCUUCAGAUGGCGAUUCCCAAUUUCGGCAACAACGUCCUGGAGUGUCUGAACGAGCAGCGUCUGCAGGGGCUCUACUGCGACGUGUCUGUGGUGGUGAAGGGCCACGCCUUCAAGGCCCACCGGGCGGUGCUGGCGGCCAGCAGCUCCUACUUCCGCGACCUGUUCAACGCCAGCGGCGCCAGCAAGACGCCGGUGGUGGAGCUGCCGCCGGCCGUGCAGCCGCAGAGCUUCCAGCAGAUCCUGUCCUUCUGCUACACGGGCCGGCUGAGCAUGAACGUGGGCGACCAGUUCCUGCUCAUGUACACGGCGGGCUUCCUGCAGAUCCAGCAGAUCAUGGAGAAGGGCACCGAGUUCUUCCUGAAGGUCAGCUCGCCCAGCUGCGACUCCCAGGGCCUGCACGCCGAGGAGGCGCCGCCCUCCCAGCCCCAGAGCCCCGUGGCGCAAACCACAGUGGGGGGCGGCGGCGGCGGUGGAGGAGGAGGAGGAGGAGGUGGUGGGGUCGUCUCCAUGGCGACGAGCCGGCCGACCUCCUGCCUGACCCCGCUGCCACUGGUGUCCAAGGUGAAGACGGAGCAGCCAGAGGCGUCGCCCUACUCGGUGGUGUGCACGCCCGUGGCCAAGCGCCUCUGGGAGGGGGGCAACCGGGGCGAGGGCGGGGGCGGUUCGGGGGGCUCAGGGGCCAGCAUGAGGAAGGCAGCCCGCUUCUCCCAGGAGGCCGCCCGGAACAGCGCCAUCCAGACUCAGACUCAUCUGGGCCUCAGCCUGGCUCUGGCGGGUAGCGGCAACAGCAGCAAUGGGAACGGCACCAGCGCGGCCACCCCCGAGGGCACAAGCCCCGGCAACCUCAGCGCCUACACUAGCGACUCGCCAAUCUCUUACCACGACGACGAGGAAGAGGAGGAGGUGGUGGACGACGGCACAGAGGAGCAGUAUCGACAGAUCUGCAACAUGUACACCAUGUACAGCAUGCUCAACAUGGGCGCAGCAGUGGCAGGUGAGCGUGUGGAGGCACUGGGCGACCACUCCGAAACGAGGAGUCGGGGGCGAGGGCGGCAGGACCUGGCCUCUCUGCCCACGGAGCUUAUAGCACAGAUCGGCAACCGCUGCCACCCCAAGCUGUACGAGGAGGGCGACCCUGCGGAGAAACUGGAGCUGGUCUCAGGCACCAACGUGUACAUCUCGAGGUCCCAGCUUAUGAACUGUCAUAUCAGCGCAGGCACCAGACACAAGGUUCUCCUGCGGAGGUUGCUGGCUGCUUUCUUUGACAGGAGCACUCUGGCAAACAGCUGCGGAACCGGCAUCCGCUCCUCCACCAACGACCCCAGCCGCAAGCCUCUGGACAACCGCGUCCUGCACGCCGUCAAGUUCUACUGCCAGAACUUCGCCACCAGCUUCAAGGAGAGCGAAAUGAACGCCAUCGCGGCGGACAUGUGCACCAACGCUCGGCGCGUGGUGCGCAAGAGCUGGAUCCCCAAGCUGAAGCUGCUGAUGGCAGAGGGGGACGCCUACGCCAGCUUCCUGCCCGACAGCGUCAAGCUGGAGGCCGACCCCCUCGGAGCUGAGAGCGCCUUCGACCCCACCGGCCUGGACGGCGGGGCGGUGGCCGGCUCGGGCGAGGUAGGGAUGGGGGCCGGCGAUUCCCUGCAGGACGUGGGUGGAGACAGCAGCUCCUUGUUUUAGGGCCCCGACCUGUUGGCCACAACUUCAGCCCCACCAUUCCGCACACUCACACCCCCUACACGCACACUCCUUCCUCCUGUCGCUGUCGCUGCUGCUGCUGCUGCUACCGCCGCCGCGCUGCUUCCCAACGCCCUACUUCCGGCCGCCCUACACCCCGAAAUGUCACAUGCCUCCUCCCCAACAACUACCCCCCCCCCCCCCCCUUUCCCUGCCCUGCCCUACUGUUGUGAUCUGACCCAACCCAACCCAACCCAGCCACUCGACAACCCCCCCCCCCCCCCAUCACUUGACUCUGGGUUCCGCUGCUUCUGCACAGGAUUGGUUCCGUCAGGCCGGGUUCGAUGGAGGCGGUUCUCACAGGUACUAUACAAGGAGGCAGUGGGUGGGCAUGUGAUUGGCUUCAAAAGGAGACAAGGGGAUUGAUUGUUGAUUUUCUUCUUCUUCUUCUGUUUUUUGUUUUUUGGAUUUACAUUUUUUUUUUUUCUUUUUUUUUUUUGCCUACCCUUUUUGCACAGAGGCCCUCCUCCUCCCAGCUUUGCUUUAUCGUUAUCGUUUAUCGUAUAAGUCAAUCAUUAAUCUAAGUAUUGUCCAUGUGUCAAGGUUUUAUUUCGUCACCUGACUGAAUGAUGUGUCCCAAGGGGGGGAAAACCAAACUUUCCUCCCUCCCCCAAUUUCACCAUUUCAUAUCGGAGGCACCAAUGGCGAAGUGGAAAGGAUGGGUCGCGCCAGGCUCACUGCUCUGGUACUGGUACUGAAUUGGUACUGAAUGUAACUGGCAUGAGUGUGUCAGUGUGUCCAUCUGACAGGAGGGAGAGCGGGCAGCCAGCAGCGGGCACUGGAUGCACACAAGUCGCUCUGGGCCGAGAGGAGAGAUUCACGUAUCCUUUCUCUCUCUCUCUCUCUCUCUCUCUCUCUCUCGCUCGCUUUUAUUUCUUUCUUUCUUUCUUUCGGUUUGUCUGUUGUAUCGUCUCCUUCUCCCCCAUCCUGUCAUCACCUGGAGAGAAAAACACAAGAGGACGAAGAGAAUCAGUCUUAUUUGAAGUACCACCACCACCCCGAUUUGUUUUUUUUUUUUGUUUUUAAGAAAAGUUUCCCCCCUCCUUCCCCUUUUUUUCCUGCACAAAACCUGAUCUUGGUGAAGUGUCUGUCUGCGUGGGAAUCUGCCAUCGCAGUUGGAAGCCAGAGCGGAAAACCAACGAAAGAAAAAGGAACGGGUGGAGAAAAACUGAAAAGAAAAAAGAAAAAAAGACAUGUCAUGUCGUUGAAAAAUGUAUUUAUCUAGACGCACCUUAACCAUGUGCACAGAGAGAGAGAGAGAGAAAGAGGGAUUAUUUUCAGAUCUCUUUGCUUUUUAUUCUUCUUCCUUUUUUAGUGUUGUGUGUGAAUUUUUUUUUUUUUUUUUUUUUUAACAUUUCCUUUUGUUUGACUGAAAUGUUUGUGAGGAGUAGUCUUGCAUAUAAGAUAAAA